CUCCGUGCAGCAGGAGCCACUGAAAUUAGCAGCCACAUCAAUUUUCAGCUCGGACUUAAUUAAACGCGUGUUGUCGACGGCCAGCUGAAUUCCGGGACGAAUUCUUGUUGAAAAUUAAUUGAAAUUUACAACCCGAAACGACUGGCAACAGGCGGAAAACAAAUGCGUUCAACAUCGUCAAUCCAGCUGCUCCUGCUGCUGAGCCCGGUUGCGCCUCCGCUUUCGUUGUUGCACUGAUCUCAUCAAACACACCCAACAAGUUUGCGGAGAAAUGGCUGGAAGAACACAACAGGCACGAGGCGCCACCAACACCGCCACUGUCACGGUUCUGCUGCUACUGCUACUGACGAGCUGCGGGAAUUUUCAACAAGCAUUGGGGCACAAUGGAGACCAGCCAUUACCGUGGCUAUGGGACGAGGGAGCGACGACAGCUAUGCCAAGGUCCACACUGUACUCUGCGAACAAAAGCGGCAAUUUAAAUUCGCGAUUUGCAACAGAACCAGAACCAGCAGCAACACCGCUCACCGAAACCAUGAGACCCAUAGAUGAGCAGCAGGUGACAGCCGUAGUGGAGGAAGCGGUCCUUCAGGUGACACCCGCAAACGAGGGAGAACGCAGAGCAGGCCAAUUACCUUUAAGUGUGCUUGCAAGUGCAGCUUCAACUGCAACCGGAAAUCUAAUAUCAACAACAACAGAAGGACAAGAAGGUUCUUCCAAGUCUUUUGUGUCCAGAAUACUGGGAAAAGCAACUGUAAACCAGCAGCAGAAGCUGAUGAAAGAUACAGUUACCAUGGCAGAAAGUGCUAAAGCAGCAGGAGCAGAAGCGGAACCUAGAGCAGUGCCAGGUGUUGCAGGAUCAGCAAAAGAAGCAGCAGCAGCAUCGGUAGUGCCAAACGGAAGGGCAGCAACCACAGAGACAGCAACCGAGAUACAACGGAUGCGAGUCAUGCAAGCACAAGCCGCAACAGAGGAACCGGAGAUGCCCUUAAAAACAACUGUAUUACCCGUGGAAAAUGUGCAACCAAUGGCCGCGGCAGCAGCAGAAGCAGCAGUGGGUGCCACAGAGCCAACAAUCCCAAGGGGAAAAGCAAACAAUGAAACUACAGCUGGUACACCACCAACAGUUCCAAUAAUACAUAUACAAGAGAAGCGCGUGGCGCCAACGACACCCACACCUACAACAACAAAAACAUCGCAUGGAGAAAAUAAAAAUGUUGGCCAAGCUGAAAUCAAAUUCAAUAUGGACAUGCUGGCUGCCACACAAAGCUAUGUUAAUGCCACUGGGCCGACAUGGGGCGAAACACAGCAAACAGAUCCAAUAGCGAUGUCCACAAUAAUAGAAACAACGCUUCAAAUAGCAGCAGCCGCAGGAGUUGGAAAAACCGUGCCUACACCCAGGUUAUUGGGCGGAGCCGGCCACAUGGUGCAACUCCUGGCCAAUGCUAUGGGCAGCUCCGCACCACCGCCCUCAUCCGUGUGGCCCGUGAAACAUGCGGCAGUGCUGGAGGGCGACGUCAUCCUUGGCGGCCUAAUGAUGGUGCAUUCGCGUGAGGACAGCAUCACCUGCGGGCCCAUCAUGCCACAGGGCGGCAUCCAGGCACUGGAGGCGAUGCUGUAUACCCUGGACCAAGUGAACAAGCAGCAAUUGCUGCCGAACGUCACACUGGGCGCCCAUUUGCUGGACGACUGCGACAAGGAUACCUACGGCCUGGAGAUGGCAGUUGACUUUAUAAAAGGCUCCAUCAGCAACAUUGACGAUGCCGAGUAUCAUUGCAACAAGACGCAAGUACGAAAGGUCAUCUCGGGGGUGGUGGGUGCCGCCUCAUCGGUAACCUCCAUACAAGUGGCCAAUUUAUUGCGCUUAUUCCGCAUACCCCAGGUAUCCUACUUUUCGACCAGUCCCGAGCUCAGCAACAAGCAGCGCUUCGAAUAUUUCUCUCGCACCAUACCCUCGGAUCAUUACCAGGUGAAGGCCAUGGUAGAGAUUGUGAUGCGGAUGGGAUGGAGCUACGUUUCGAUAAUAUACGAGGAGAGUAAUUACGGCAUCAAGGCCUUCGAAGAGCUGGAGGAUCUACUGGCACGCCAUAACAUUUGCAUUGCCAUCAAGGAGAAGCUGGUAAAGGAUUCUGGAGUGGCCGAGGAUAUUGCAUACGAUAAUAUCGUGCAGAAGCUGUUGACCAAGCCGCGGGCCCGAGGUGCCAUCAUCUUCGGCUCCGACCAGGAAGUGAGGCAAGUGAUGCGGGCCGUACGGCGGGCCAAUGCAACGGGCUCGUUCUCCUGGAUAGGCUCCGAUGGCUGGAGUGCUCGAAAUCUCGUAUCGGACGACUACGAGCCAGAGGUGGAGGGCACUCUUUCCGUGCAGCCCCAAGCGAAUCCAGUGCGCGGCUUCGAGGAGUACUUCCUCAAUUUAACUGUGGAGAACAACCAGCGUAAUCCGUGGUUCGUGGAAUUCUGGGAGGAUCAUUUCCAAUGCCGCUACCCUGGCAGCACCAGCACCCCCUACAAUAACUACACCAAACAGUGCACCACCAAAGAGCGACUCUCGCGGCAGAACACUGACUUUGAGGACCAACUGCAGUUCGUUAGCGAUGCGGUUAUGGCAUUUGCCUACGCCCUAAGGGACAUGCAUCACGACCUGUGCGGUGGACGGCCUUCGCUGUGCGAUGCCAUGAAGCCCACCAAAGGAGCCGACUUGCUGAAAUAUUUGCGUAAAGUUCAGUUUAAAGGCCUCAGCGGCGACCAUUUUCGCUUCGAUGUGAACGGCGAUGGACCGGCCCGGUACAACAUCAUUCACUUCAAGCAGUCGCAGAUCGGUCAGUACCAUUGGGUGAAGGUGGGCGAGUACUACGAGGGCGAGCUGCGUCUGAAUAUGUCGGAGGUGAAGUUUAAGCGACUGAGUCCAAAGCCACCGGAGUCCGUUUGCAGUUUGCCCUGCGAUGUGGGCCAGGCCAAGAAAUAUGUCGAGGGCGAGAGCUGCUGCUGGCACUGUUUCAAUUGUACAACUUAUCAAAUUCGCCACCCUGAUGACGAGACCCACUGCCAGCUGUGCAAAUGGGGCACGCUGCCCGAUGCCCACAAGCAGUACUGCCGUGCCAUACCGGAGGUUUACCUGCGUCCAGAGUCCGCCUGGGCCAUCGGUGCCAUGGCGUUCAGCUCAACGGGUAUCCUGAUAACGCUCUUUGUGAUGGGGGUAUUUGUCAGGCACAACGACACGCCUAUUGUACGGGCCUCGGGACGGGAGCUGAGCUACAUUCUGCUGGCUGGUAUUUUCAUGUGCUACGGCGUCACCUUUGCCCUGGUCCUGAAGCCCACCAACAUCGUGUGCGCCAUUCAGCGGUUCGGCGUUGGCUUCUGCUUCACCGUUGUCUAUGCUGCACUGCUGACCAAAACGAAUCGCAUCGCACGCAUCUUCAAAGCGGGCAAACAGUCGGCCAAGCGACCCUCGUUCAUUAGCCCGAAAUCACAGCUGGUGAUUUGUAUGUUCCUCGUCACUGUCCAGAUAAUCAUCAACGGCGUUUGGAUGGUAAUUGCACCAUCACAUGCCAUGCAUCAUUAUCCGACACGCGAGGAUAAUAUGCUCGUUUGCGACUCGUAUAUAGAUGCCUCCUACAUGAUUGCGUUCUUUUAUCCAAUCGUUUUGAUUGUAAUUUGCACGGUCUACGCGGUGCUCACGCGAAAGAUACCCGAGGCAUUCAACGAAUCGAAGCAUAUUGGCUUCACCAUGUACACGACCUGCGUAAUUUGGCUGGCAUUUGUGCCACUGUACUUUGGCACCGCCAACCAUGUGCCCCUGCGCAUCACCAGCAUGUCGGUGACCAUCAGUCUGUCCGCCAGUGUGACCAUUGCAUGUCUGUUCUCGCCCAAGCUCUACAUCAUACUAAUUCGUCCGGAGCGUAAUGUCCGGCAGAGCAUGAUGCCACCGCGUCAUGGCAACAUGCACCGCACCGCUGGCACAGGACCCUCGUCGAUGAUGGCCGCGGCUGUUGUGGGCGCCGCCACCUGCGCCCAGGAGGAGAAGAUACAGCGGCACAUUACGCCCACCAAUACGGAGCCAUCAUUGAAGACGAAAAAAUUAUGCGAAAUGGCCACACAGACGAUAUCUAGCAUUUUCACAUCGCUGGACAUCAAUGCCUAUAACCAGAUUCCCUAUGCCGAUCAGUUUGUGGCCAAUAAUACGGCCACGGAAGCCACAACCACGCCCCCGGCCAAUGCAGACAAUGAGCGGGAGCAGGUGGUGUCAAACAACAACAAAAUCAAUCAGAUGCAACACGGCCAGUCGACGGCGGCUGCCGUUACCAUUGUUGUCUCAACGGCCGUCAAUUGUGUUGGCAGCCCUCCGGCACUCACAGCAACAGCAGCAACAGCAACAACAGCAGCAACAGCAACAACAACAACAGCAGGUGUAGUGGGAACAACAGCUGCAGCAGUGACAGCGAUAGCUGCCACAGUCACUACAAUUGCAACAUCCACCAGCACAGAUGCCAAAGAUGCCACAGAAACCACCAAUGGCAGCCAUCGGGGCCCCGUUCUGCAGACAAACUUAUAGCUAAACGCUCAGGAAUUGCAGCAGCAGCUGCUUAAGGAGCAGCAUCGACAGCGUCAGCGGGAGUCAUUGGAGCCGGCACAGGAGCCACUGAAGGAGGAACAGCAGCAGCAGCAGGGUUCCGGCAGCGAUGGCGGCAGCAUAGGCAGUGGAACCGCCUCCAGGAAGCGGGCAGCCAUACCCGUUUAAUUUCCACCCAAGAAGAAGAAUCCAAUACCAAAUAUGCAAGUACGAGUAAGUGCAAGAAAAUGUGAAUAUAAGUACUUAAAGUUUUCCAAGUGUCAGACAGGGACAGGCACAGAGUACAGGGAGAGAGAGAGCACUGGGAACCAAGUGGGGGAACGAACGCCUUCUCAUGUUAUCUAAAACGAAACUUGAUAAACUUUAGCAGCAACAUGAGGGGGCAGGCCCCAGGGAACUAAGUUAUGAACAUUUAUGCAUGUGUAUCCGCUAUUCCGCUCCCCUCAACCGAAUACAUUCGGUUUUCAAUGAAGCAUCAACCGCUUAGUAACCAAACCAAACCAAAGCAAAGCAAACCAAACCAAACGAUUUGUCAAACAAUUUGUCAGCCAUUAAGCAAAUAAAUCAAUAUUAAGUGUUUAUCUUUAAGCUCUUUAAGCUAAUACUUUCUUCAAGGAUGGUGUUUCUACAGAAAAGAAAAAAGAUACGGAAACCGAAAACCGACAACUAAGAAAAGGAAAAUGAAUGAAAAAUGUGAUAUAAUUUCAAAAAUGUUUUUUCUAAAACUACGUUUAACUACCAGUAAAACUAACUAUCUGAAUGUAACACUUAAGAGUAGGAGCUGAAGGUGCAAGUUAGACCUGUGCCACAGCACUGGAGUAGACAGAGAGAUAGAGAGAGAGAGUCAAUGAGGGGGCGCAAUUAUGUUCCCAAGGGGCUGGGCUGACUUCAGCCCCUUUCGAAUGUAGCGGCAGGAAUGGAACGGAGGUAUAAACAAUAGCAAUUAAAAUUGCAUUUAUUGUGUUGUUUUGAGCCCAGCAACAUGGUAGAUUUAAUUGUUGUCCAACUCGAUGUGUAAAUAGCCUGCAUAUAUACAUAGGAAAUAUACCUCUAGCCUCGUAUUCUCUAGAUGUGUGUACAAAAUAUUAAUGUUGAUUGUGCUGUUUACCAUUUGAAUGUGUGUUGACUUUAAAUAUAUAUCCCAAUAAAUACAUACAUAAUUGUAUAUGUAUUCUAAGUAUGUCUAAGAAAUAAUAAUACAUAUUAAAAGUUUAGCCAAAUGUUAAGACAGUUUAAGAAGUUAGCCCAAUGUUUGAUAUUUGAUUCUCUGUGUGUGUUACGUGUACAUAAAUAAGCAAACGAAACCAAAUGAACAUUUAUGAAUGUCUUUCACUUGAUUCACAGCCAAUACUCGUUAUAAUAAGAAUAAUAUACAUAUUAUUAACAAUAAAUAUGAUGCUAAAUGUUGUUAGGCUGCAUAUACAUACAUAUAUUUACGAAUAAAUCGAAUCAAAACGAAACGAAACGAAAUCGUUUCCUCUCGUUUCAUUGGGUGGUCAGAACCAGGGCCUCAGCU